AUGCCAUCCUGCCGUGGUAUAACGUUGUCGAUAACGUCGGCUUCGGAUUCGAAAGUAUAUCCAGAGUUCCCUCACCCAGAAACCUCCCAGUUCCAAAACAGCGAAUCAUUUGCUCUACCAGGUAACAAUACCAAGGCGACGUCGUCAUUGCCUAGCAAAGAGAAACCAGGAAACAAUGCUCCCGACUCAUCCAACCCCUAUGCUUCCGUCUACAUUCCAUCCUUGCCUGGAACCCGAUUUGUUGUGCAGUAUUCCAUAGACCCACCACAUACAGACGGCAUAAACGUUUUCCUUAAGCUGUUUAUGAACGGUCGACACGUCACGUCAUGGGGAAUAGAUCCCAGAACCAUGCCGGUGGGACGGGCUAUGUUGGGCCUUUUCGAAGCCGACAAGAAGCUGAAGUCGAAAGCAUUGAUACCUAAUCCAGCAGAAACCAAACCGUUCUAUUUCAAUGAUCAGAAGCAAGACGUUUCGGCAGCUGAGAAUGGUGGUGUAAUUGAAGUCAGGGUCUUCAGAGCUUGUGGAAAAAGGCGUCGGGGUGCAAUCCUUGACGUAUUCAGAGGUGGUCAGGAUAAGUAUGGAAUUGAGUUCAAGUCCUCUGGGCUUCUUGAAAAGAGCAGGUACAAGUAUUUCGACUGGCUCUUGGAGGACCCAAAAGAUGACCCCUUUGUGACGUUCCGCUUCCACUACCGCAGCUGGGACUCUCUCGAAGCCUUACAGCUUGUUCCUGGGAUGUGCAACCGUGAAUUAUUGCCAGCAUUCUCCAUAAAGAACAGCCUCAGCACACCCAACCUCUCUGGAGCUAACCCCACCCUAACUGGCUCUGGAGUUAUCAGUAGAUUCAACAAAGCCACAACUAACAAUGGACCAGAGCACCGCAACCGCUCACGGAGUCCGGGUGCUUCAUUGCCAAAUAAAAAGAUUGAGAACACCAUCUUUGGUCAAAUGGUCGCCAAAGACACUGCUCUUUCACAGGUCCAGUCCAAGCAGGCGACACAGCCAGAUGUUAAUAAGCUAAAGAAGAAGUUACAGAUUCCCACAUCGAUAUUUUCCACCGCAAACAAAGAAAAGUGGAUAAGCCAGGAGAAUCUCCAGCUGGACGUAAGGCCUCUCCCAGAGCCUCCCGCAGGACAGUCUCAUGGUAGAAACCUUUCUGCGUCUUCAAUGGCAUUCUCCAUUGCGCCGUCUUUACGGUCUUGGGCAGAUGGUGAUUGGAGUGAAUCCCCUGAACCAGUAUUAUGUGUUGCAGCCGAACUACAAGUCCUCCACAGCCUCCAGCUUAACCAGUAUGGGCGCAAAAAGUCAAUCUUCGAUGAUGAUAGUACUACCUCCAGUGCUAGCGAUCACGAUGAUGCGUACGGCGAUAUUGACCAAUCCUUUCAACUUUCUCUUUCUGCACCACCGGUCUAUCCGAAGAAUAAUAUGUCUCCGGUUAAAAGGUCUCCAGUCAAAAAGCCAACAGCUCGCGGUCUCCCUCUUUCGACCAGUGCUAUCUUUCCUCCUCCAGCCAUGAGACGGGAUAGAAUGCGGCGCAUCCGUUUCAAGGACCAAAAGCGAGGUUCCAACUCCCCUACGGAAGGCUAUGAAGCUGACCAUGAAAGCCUCCCUAAAUAUCGUGGCUCAGGUCGUCCUAGCACCAGCGGUCUGCCUGCCAACAUGAAAUUAUCUCAGGUUCCACCUCGGCUACUUGCUGUCAACUCUGGUUUCAGCUUCGAGUUCAACAACCCCUGUGAAGCUGAUGGAAGUAGCGAAGGUAAUGAGGACGCCACUCUCAGAAUCAAAAGCGGAAAACCUGAAGAGCGCAGCGGUGAAGGCCCCAGAAACCAAAACAGAGAAAGGAAAUGA